AAAAUAUUUUUUGCCUGCUGCAGAUCAUAUUUUAAAUUUAAGGAAUAUAUUAAAUAUGGAUACCCGAGAAUUGAUAACGACCGAAUUUUUCUCUUUGUCACUAUUUUAAAAUAGUUGCAAUGGAAAAUUUUAAAAAUAACGAAAAUACGACUUUAGAAAGUCAUAAUUCGACAACUGAAGAAUUGACACGCACAGCAUUUGAAUAUUCGUUGCCCACAAACGAUGAUGACAUCACAGAAAGUAAUAAAAGUACACCAUAUUUUACACCUUUGGAUUUUUUACAAGGAUCAUUCGACUUUCCUUCACCCAAUACAGAUAAGUUAAACCAAAGUAAAGAAGCUGCUUCAUCUACUGGUUCUGUUGCUGGUAAGUUAGCUUUGGACGAAAGUGCAAUGGAAUUGUCACAGCAAAGUUUUGACUUUGAAAAUAUGAAAAAAAUACCUACACCAAAAAUUCCGGUUGUAACAGCUAAACAAGUGCAAUCCUCUUCACCUGUGGUAACUCAUAAGUAUAAACGAUUUUCUCUUUACGAACGACGUUCCUGUUCUCCACAAAACUUAGUUUUGAAGCAUACUGCUUCAGUGGAAAGUAAAAUGGAAGCUGACGGAUUUGUUGCUAAUAAAGAAAACACAAUACCUAAACUAAAAGAUAAGCAUGAUGAAAAUAUUUAUAAAUGCAGUAGUGGUAAUAAUUCUCCACUGAUUGAUGAAAACGGCUCACCAAAAAUAUAUCCAAUGCAUGAGGCUGCUAUGCUUGGAAGUAAUCGAUUAUCUUUCUCACCGAAACUUUUAUCUUCUAUUAAUAAUCUUAGUCUUGGAGGAUCGCCUUUAGGUGUUAUCAGUUCAGCUGGUUACAAAAAUGGCAAUUACUUCAAAUUUCCGGAAAUAGAUCAAAUUGUACAAGAACAAAGUAUAGAAAUAGAUGAAAAUGGUACUUGCCGUGACAAUCAACUACGUUCUAAGCAAAAUAUGGCAAAUAGAAAAUCAAGAUUUAAAUCUCCAAGCAUAGAAAUGGACAACGUUAAUGAUACGGAAUAUACAGGAAAUAAAAACAUCAAUCUCGAAUCUAAUAGUGAUGAUUUAGUUAAAAAUAAGCAAACAGAUAAUAUUAAACAAUCCUUCACUCUCCACAAAACUGACUCUCGCAAAAAUCGUAAAAAUAAGAAUAAUUUGACUAUAAAGAUAACAGAUAUACCAUCCAAUCAGGCUCCACAACCGUCAUCGCCAUCUCCCAAGCCAAAGACACCAACAAUAAAAAGCACAAAAGAAAAGGCUCUCUCAUUGGAUUCAGCAGCAGCAGUAGCUGUAAAUGAAUCUGAACUAAGAAUUGUAGUAUCUGGUGGAAGUCAAACACAUAUUAAUGAAUUUGAAACAAAACCACUAAAAUUAAGUAGUGGGCAGUUGCGGUGUAGUGGCGAUAGGCUACGACCUGAAAUUAACAUGCAAAACACAUCAAAUCGCUCAACUUCAUUAUCGCAGCUAUCUGCAUACGGAGAUACACACAAUUUACAUUAUUCUCAUCACCCUGAAUAUUUUACUGGUACGAGCUUCUCCAGAAGUCUGCGACGUCGAGUACCAGGUUCAUCAGAUUUUACACCAUUUAAUCGUAAAAAUUUAUGCAUAGAAACCUCAAAGAAAUCAUUAUCGGACAUAAGUAACAAUGAAAAACUAAUGAGUAAAGUUGUAAUAUUAAAGGAAGAUGAUGAAGUGCAAAUAGAUGAAAGCGAAAAUAAAAAAAUAUAUCAAACACAUAUCCAAAGUACUUCCAAUAAUUCGUUAACACCAAAUUCAUUAACGAAUGUCCAUAGGGGGUUACACAAGCCGAACCCUAUUUUGCAUGCAUCAAAUACAAACUUAAAAACCCUACCAGAAUUUCUUACUUUAGUGGAGUUCACUUCUAGUCCGAAAAGUUGUGACUUUCCAUUAAAACAAAAGUCAAUGGAUCUGCCAACGACUUUGGCACAACCACAAAUUGUACGCACAAAAAACACAAAUUCAAGUUCAUCUACAAAUUUACUUCAACGCAGAGGAUCCAAUCAUAGUCUCACUCUAAACUUAAGCUUACACGGCUCGUGUAGUAAUCUUUUAGGCAGCUGCCGUACUGGUUUAAGUGCAUCAAACUAUAGUCUCGGUUCUGUUGGAAACUCUACAACAAAUCUCAACUCUAAAUCAAGUUAUAAUUUAGAUCAAAGUGUUUCAAGCACCCCACAUCCUUUGAAUAUUACACACACGAACUCAAAUACCACACAAGGAGCCAGACAAAGUUUAUUCAGACGUCGGGGUUCCAAUCACAGUCUUACAUUGAAUAAUCUCAGUGCAACUUCUUGCGGUAACUUAAAAACUUUUGUCAGUCAAAAUUCUCUAAACGUAGAUAGAUGUCAAACGCACCUUACAAGCGGAGUUACUAGAACAACCUCUUUUGUAACACCAACUAACAAUACACCGAGUAAUACUACACCUAAACGUGGCGGUUUACUUGAGAGAAGAGGUUCAAAUCAAAGUCUUACACUAAAUAUGAGUAGCUCAUUCGGUGGUAUAGGCGGCACAGAGCGCAGCCUGUAUUUAGGUGAUUCAUCUGCUAUCGAACCAGAUAUUCAAAUAAAAUUGCCUUCAAACUGCUGUGCUGAAACUCAUCAGCGAAAAUUUUUCAGUAGCGAAAAUCUUAACAAAGGUAACAAACAGUUUGCAGACCUUAACCAAGCGCACAAACGUGAUGCCAACCAGGUGUGCUACGGUUCAGUUUCAGACCUAAAUCCCAGUGUUGCACACGCACAAGAUACCAAGCGCGAUCAUUUUAAUUUUGAGGAGAGCACUGUAUGCAAUUGCACGGGGGUACGAAAUAUUAUGACACGUCCGUUGUCGCCACAAACCACUAGUGAGGAGUUUAAAAUGUAUCUUGCAAAUAUACAGAUGCUACAAAACGCGUCAAAUGCACUGAGCCAAAUCGAUCUUAUUAAAUUCAAUUAUUUAUUCGACAGCAGUUACACAACUAACAGUAAAAGUAUAGUUGAACAUCAACUUCCUGUUUUAAGUGCACACCAUAACAACAAAGAAACUGAGACUCCUAUUAGUGGCCUACUAUCCACUUCAGAAGAUAGUGAAGUAGCUACAAGAUACCAAGAUGUGAUCAGUACUAUUUCAGAAAAUAUAAAACCGGAUGAUCUUGAACAGAAACGCUUAUUUCGGGAAUUGCACAAGGAAUUCUGGGACUUACCAUUAAAUCAUCAGGAAAAACCCAUGGUUUUUGGUUCCCAAGCUAAAAAUAGAUAUAAAACAAUUUUACCAAAUGAAAAUUCACGUUUUAUUUUAGAAAAAGAACUAAUACCCAUACCCAAAGAUAUCGAUGAUGCGUUAGUGACGGAUGAACCAAAGCUGUCCUAUACAACAGAUGAAGUUCCAUACAUUAAUGCCAACUAUAUAAAGGGUCCAGAUUAUACAUCUAAAGGUUAUGUAGCUACCCAAGGUCCUUUACCAAAUACCACCUUCGAAUUUUGGCUUAUGAUCUAUCAAAACACACAAAAACAUAUACAUGUUUCAGAUAGAACUAUAACCACUCAUACCGGCAUCAAAGAGAAUCACAUUUUACCACAGUAUUUUCAAAAAAUCGUGAUGCUAACCAAUUUCUUGGAAAAUAAUCGUCAAAAAUGCGCUAUUUACUUUCCAGUGGAACUAAAUGAAAUUUUUAUUACUACAAAUAAACAAGAGACCGUAACAGCAAAUAAAGAACUACAGGAGUUUUUGAAACCAUUUUUAAAUCAAAACGAUGAAUUACCAUAUCCAAAUAAAACGCAUUUUGCGGAACAAAGCGUUUGUUUCGAAUCAUUUGAGACGGACCUCAAUGAUGAAAUAUAUGCGUUCUUCCCACGCGUUGCCAACUUUUUCGUAAUUAAAAAUAUUGGAAUUGUUAAAAAGAACGGAUUUUCUAUACGAAAAUUUGUUAUACUCUACUGUCUCAAUUACCAUUUGCCGGACUAUAAUGUCAACCGUAAUAAACUUCUUAUACAGAAGUUUUAUAGUUAUCACUAUUGGUAUCCCGAUUGGCCGGAUCAUCGCUCACCUAGAGACGUAAAUACUUUGGUUGACAUGUGUUUGCAUUUAUUGAACUUGGGCAAGUGUGAGAAAGAAUUCGAAACAUACUGCGAAGAUAGUGUAACACCGACUCAACAAAUACAUAUAGAACCACAACAAGUUGCUCUAUAUCAACAGGAUAUCUUUAACUCAAUGCAACCAUUUCCAGUGAUACACUGUUCUGCUGGUAUUGGUCGCACUGGUUGCUUAACCGCAAUUCUUAAUGGCAUACGUCAAUUACGUCAAUCUCUUGCCUAUUCAUUGACUUCAAUGGCAGCUGCGGUCACAAAGGAGGCUGCAUUAAUGCAAGUACUUAGCCCUGUAGAUUUUAGUCUACCGAAAUGUUUUAUAGAUGCAAUUAAUGAAAGUGGAGACAUAUGCCAAAUGAGUAAUGAUACUGAUAGCAAUUUUACGCGUAAUACAUUGCUUUAUAUAAAAUAUAUUUUGAAUUAUAAAGAGAAGGACUCAAAACAGGUCCCCAAGAAAGAGGAAAAAGAAACGAUAAUUGAAAUCAGACCGAAUCAUUUCACCGGAAAUGAACUGCCCUCACUCUCAUCUUUAGCAAAAUUGCCAGACAUCUUUGUGGAUAUAUUGGGCAUAGUAUGUAACUUGCGUCUUCAACGUGGCGGGAUGGUUCAGAACUCGGAGCAGUACGAAUUAAUACACCGAGCCAUUUGUUUGUAUCUUAAGAGAACGUUUGCAUUAAAACGUUUUUAAUUUUUUUUUUUUGUUUUUGUUUUUGUUCAAAUAAGCUUUAUCCGUAGGUUUAUUGAACAUCAUUGAUAGGGAAUGUAUGUGUGAUAAAGUAACAUGACUACAAAAUAUACCAUAUGCUAUAUGUAUAUAGGUGACUUUGGUAAAGUUUUUGUUUUUAAAAUGAAUCCCAAUUUUAUGAAUAUGUAUACAAUGUAUUUUUGUGUGUGUGUAUGUAUGUUAUUCAUGUACUUCUAUAGAAUUGUACUAUAGAACAUUUAUUUUGCUCUCUCUUAACUGAAUGUGUAGUUUUUUUUUUGUCGUUUGUAUUUAUAAAUUUUAUUUUACUUACAUUAAGAAGAAAAUAAUUUUUUUUUUAAAUUGAAUAACCAAAUUAAAUAAUUAAGUUGGGAUUUGCUUAAAUUGUACUUUUUGUCACAAAGGAAAUUCAAAUUUCUUUAUAAAUUAUUUGUAUAUUUUAGUUAUA